AUGGAAUUGGCCAAUUAUUUGAAGACUUGCUGUUUGAUGAGCCACGGCCUAACUCCAAGAGAAUCCUGGUGCUUAGCCUUUAAAUUUGACAUCGCUAACGGUUUAACCGUGCCAACAAAUUGGAUAGAGAAAGAAAAGGCAUCCGAAGAUUGGUUUGCGUAUUUUUUAAAACGCAACCCGUCUUUGUCUAUCCGCGCACCCGAGGCGACAAGUCAGGUACGUGCCAGUGCAUUUAACGCACUCGUUGUAGACAAGUUUUUCGAUAAUUUAAUUGAAGUCAUGACCAAAUAUCGCAUCCGACCCGGCCGGAUCUGGAACACGGAUGAGACGGGCAUUCCAACUGUCUUGUCACCACCGAAUGUUGUCGCUACAAAGGAAUUAAAGCAAGUCCAACAAACGGUUUCGGCUGAGCGUGGAGUAACCACUACAAUAGUUGGCUUCAUCUGUGAUGCUGGAACUCAUUGUCCACCCGUCUACGUAUUCCCCCGUAAAAACUUCCUUUCGUCAAUGUCUUCUCAUGGAUCACCUGGUUGUCUUGGUAUUGCCCAUCCUAGUGGUUGGAUCAACGCCGACACUUUUUUGAUGGCACUUCAGCACUUCAAGAAGUUUGUUGAUUGUUCCGUCGACAAUCCUAUUCUCCUUCUACUUGACAACCACAGCAGCCACAUGGACUACAAAGUUAUAUGUUUCGCAAAGGAAAGCGGAAUUCAUAUGUUGACGUUUCCGCCACACUGCUCUCAUCGGCUGCAGCCGUUGGACAUCGCCGUCUUCGGUCCAUUUAAAUCUGCUUUAAGAAACAGGUUUCAAGAUUGGCUGAAUCUUAAUCCCGGCAAAAGAAUCAGCAUUCACGAUGUUGCGGAGUUGACUCGGGAUCCUUAUUUGUUGUCAUUUACUCCAGAGAACAUCAUAUCGGGUUUUAAGAACAGCGGCAUUUCCCCUUUCAAUAGAGGCAUUUUCCCUGCUUCGCUCUAUACGCCGUCGUUUGCCACUGAUCGCCCGAUUGAGUCGCUGUCGACCGAUCCGUCGGAACCGUUGUUUCCUCCAGCGGCGCCUGAGACAGAUUUAUCGGUUCCGCAUUCUCCUGAAGAAGCGCUACCAAACGAUCUGAUCGUCUUUCAAGUUCUGUCAACGCCCGCUCGGACCGGAUCUAAUGGUGUUUCUAGUCCGAUUGUGCUCCCGUGUGAGUGGAAGGCAGAGGACACAGGGCCGGACGAGGAUACUUACGACCACACCGGAGAAAAAUGCGAAGAUCGAAGAGGCUACCAACAGAAAAACACGCAAGCCUCCCGCUCGUCAAUUGGGUAA